CUCAUCUCACAGCCCGAUGCAUAUCCAAUCUCCCAGGAACAGCUAGCCUCCGAAGUCAAGUCCAUAUAUGCCAGCUUAACAAUGGUGGAAACCAAGUGCAUCCAUGUCGACCGCGCUCAAGCCUCUGUUGCACCUGAUUCUAGAGGGGAUUCUAAGCUCGCCGAGCUCGCCAAUGACCACUGGCAGGCCCUAAUUGCUCUACAUCGAACUUUAUUGCAUGAGCAUCAUGACUUUUUCUUGGCUUCUCAGCACCCCUCCGCUUUUCCCGCUUUGCGUCGUCUGGCAUCUAAGUAUUCGAUGCCGGCGCGGAUGUGGAAACACGGGAUUCAUUCCUUUCUUGAGCUGCUCCGACGCCGGUUGCCAGAGUCUUUGGAUUAUAUGUUGGCUUUUAUUUAUCUGGCCUACCAAAUGAUGUCCCUACUGCACGAGACUGUUCCUACAUUUAAAGACACCUGGAUUGAAUGUCUAGGAGAUCUUACACGGUAUCGCAUGGCUAUUAAGAACGAGGAUUUGCGUGAUCGUGAAACGUGGGCUGGAGUCGCACGUUUUUGGUAUAGCAAAGCCGCUGAUAAGAGUCCAUACGUUGGUCGUCUAUAUCACCACCUUGCCAUCCUCGUUCGCCCGAAUGCGCUGCAGCAGCUCUACUACUAUUCCCGUUCUCUCACGUGUGUUGUUCCUUUUAUGAGCGCUCGGGAGUCAAUUCUCACGUUGCUUGACCCUAUUCUAGGACGGUCCAGUGCUUCAUACACGCAUUCGCUGCCCAUUGAUACCAGCUUUAUCAGAGCUCACGGUAUUCUCUUUGGGAGGUUGUCGACUGACGCCUUUGAAGAGUCCAAGGAUGCUUUCCUAGACCAGCUAGACAACCAUAUUGGGCGAGUAACAGCAAAGUGGAACGAGCAGGGUGUUUUCAUUGCUGUUACCAAUAUCGCUGGUUUCUUUGACUACGGCUCUCACGACUCGCCUUUGAGACUGAUCUAUCAGUCAUAUGCUGAGAAGAUUGCCCACAAAUCUCAGAGAUCGUCCAGUCCUUUGGAACAACACUCCUUAAGUCGCUCACCAUCUCCUUCUUCUCUAGGAUCGAAACAACUCAGCUCGGACAGAACCUCGUCGCAAGUGUCCAAAUUGUCUCAUGAUGUCGCCUUUUCGUCCGCCUGUCGUCUUGCCUUUUCCACUUUUGCUCUUGUUCUUCGGCGUAUUGGGGAUAAGAAUGUUCUUACGAGGGGCCCCCAUCCGCAACCUUCGGAGAGUUCGAAUACUAAUGACGGUGUCUUGCUGGAAUCGAAGCAAAUAAGACAUGGGUGUUUUCUACCUGAGCAUCCUCAUUUGAUUGAAGAGUUUAAGGCAAACAACGUCGGCAUUACACUAUGUCCUAUCUCCAACGCGCUUCUACACUUUUGCGGGAACAUCAAAGAGCAUUCAUGUCCGCGACUACUAGCCGUUGAAAUUCCCUCUAUGGCGAACCGCGACAGUUACGGGAAUGGAAAAGAAGAUGUGCUCACUUGCAGCAAGACAGUAGCGCACGAGCUCUCCAAGAACUGCCUUAGUCUCAUUCGCAAGGCCUCAUCGCUUUUUCAUUGCCAAUUUUCACAUUUUGUAGCCUUCUCACUCUUCGUCAAGGGUGUCUUGGGUCGUCCAACCGGUGAAGGAAGAGCUAUUACAUCUGGCGUAGCGUCGUCCCAGCCUAAUGGGAGAAAAAUACUUAUUGAGAAACUGGAAGAGCUUCUUGUCUCAUCAACGUCCUUGAUGGUGCCUUUCACUAUAAUCGUCGUCGCUGCGGUUAUAUCCCGAAUCUUGGUUUGGUAUAAGGCCCAAGGGAAACUGGCCUUAGGAGUGCUUCUAGCAGCAUGUGUUUUCAAGGCGGUACGUCUGGCUGAAAACGCCGGCGGCUAUAUUCUUCUUGCAGUCGGACUGACGUAUUUGUUCUUUGCGCUUGGAAUUUGCCGGCUCGGGAGAGGGUCUCCCUUUAUCGCAACCACAAUAGGGAUCCUGAUCACGAUUGUUGUUAUCCAGUUCCAGCCCAUUCGCGAUUUCUGGACUGGACUUACCGGCCUAGACAGUAGUUUUGCCAUCUGCGUUGGGAUCCCACUGAGCUUCUACUGCUGCGAUCUAGUCGUUAUGCACAUCACCAAAGCUGUACAGUCUCAAAGCCACGACGAAACACAUUUACCCUCUCCCCAUGCGCGGGAAGCAAGCAUCCCCAUUCCUCUGGGACCCCUUCCCAGCAGUCCCAACCAAAAUCGUCGUCUGCGCCAACAACGCGAUGGUGACGAAGGUGGGCUUGCCGACGAUGAGAUCGACCGCAACUUGGCCUCGCAGAUUAGGUCCUGGAAUGAUUCCCUCCCUAAUCGUAGAACGACAAAAGGUCAGUCUUCAUAGAACGAUACAGCAUCCUGUUGAGGUCCCGAGCAAGCUGUGACACGAUUCUUGUACAUGACACAAUGUAUGUACCUGUGCUUCCGGUGUUCUUGUAUGUGCUUUUCGGCGGUCAUCACCCUGAUUCACUUGAAUCUCAUUACGUUAUCAAACGCCUUACUCUACGGAGGAAGCUGUACGCUAGGUAGUUACUCGCGCACUAAGUAGAGUUCUGUGCAUCCUCUCGUGCUGGAGACUUUGACUCUCUUCGUUGGAUUCGUCUGGCGUUGGGUUGACUUGGUUUCGCCAGGAGGAGCAUGAACCAUCUUCGGGGUUUCAUUGGAGUCUGUUGACCCAAACAGGGAGAUAAUCUAUCACAUCUAUCACCUUGCAGGGCUUCGAAGCUCUACAUGCUCCAAAG